AUGCUAAACCAGUGGCUGCGUCGCCAGCGGCGGCCCCUGCUAUCUUCUAGGCUCCGAUUGCACCGACUCGAGCAGUCAAAAUCCCAUGUAGUGCCACGUCCGUCGCAUCUGAAGCCAUCUCUUUGCCGCGGCUUCGCGAUGCCUGCAGCAAUUUUGAAUCAGAUGGAGUUAGUAAAGCGCCGCUAUGACGAACUCGCGCACAAACUAUCGCAUUACGAUGGCAGCUUUUCGUCCGACACAAUUACGACUUUGUCGAUUGAAAUGGCGGAGCUAGAGCCCAAGAUGGCAGCGGUGCGUGGUUUACAGAGUCAGCAGAAAUCCGUACAAGAGCUAGACGAAGUGAUUGCUGAGCAGACGAACAGUGCUGACGUUGACGCUGUGGAGUUACGUCGCAUGGCAGAAGACGAGCGUCGAGAGAUCAUGGAGACGAUCAGCGACAUGGAAAGCGAAGUAGUGCGUCUCAUGCUACCGCGUGAUGCAGCAGAUGAUAAGAGCUCGAUCGUGGAGAUUCGAGCUGGUACGGGUGGUGAUGAGGCUUGUUUAUUUGCUUCGGAUAUACUACAAAUGUACCAAAAAGUGGCUCUGGCCAAAGGCUGGAAGUUUGAGAUCAUGAGCUUAUCAGAAACGGAUUUAGGUGGCUGCAAAGAGUGCGUCUGCUUGCUUACGGGACGCGGUGCCUACGGUCGCAUGAAGUUUGAAAGUGGUGUCCAUCGCGUGCAGCGUGUGCCGGUGAACGACGUGCGUGUGCAUACUAGCGCUGUGUCGGUCGUGGUGCUUCCUGAAGCUGAAGAAGUCGAGGUGGAGAUUGAUCCGAAAGACCUUCGUAUUGAUGUUUACCGCGCGUCGGGCGCUGGCGGCCAGCACGUCAAUACAACAGAAAGCGCAGUACGCAUUACGCAUAUUCCAACGGGUAUUGUGGCAGCCGUGCAGGACGAGCGGUCACAGCACCAGAACAAGGCCAAGGCCAUGAAAAUAUUGCGUGCGCGUGUAUUCGACGGCAUUCGUCGGAAACGCGAUGCUCAGCGUCAGACCAUGCGGAAUUUGCAAGUAGGCUCAGGUGACCGUUCUGAACGCGUGCGCACCUACAACUUUCCGCAGAGUCGUGUGAGUGACCACCGUGUGAAUGUGACGAUCUUUGGGAUUGAGCGGAUGUUGAACGGCGAGUUGCUGGACGAUAUCGUGGAUGCGCUGGUGGUAGAUGAGCAAAACCAUAUGCUGCAGCGCCUCGACACGCCGUGA